GCUGUAUGAAAGAUGCCAUGAAGAAAAGAAGGAUACAUCACCUCUAACUGAACUUGUUUUUGACAGUCUAUCAGUGUUAAUAAGGGACAUUAUGAACUUGCAUGCCAACAUUUCAAAACCUGUGUCCAAAAGCAUCUUCACCUCUUCGAACCUGAUGCCCUUUGACCCAGACACCUGGACACCGGACACGGACAUCAUGCUGGGUAAUGUGGUCCGUAACAGUACGUUUGGCUGUAACAGAAGUUGGGCUGAUACAGAAGAAUCUCUCCUGCCCAAUCUAUCCAUCAUCGGCACUUCCAGUGAAAGGAAAGAACCACUGUCAUGGCUAAGGUGCAACGGCGAGACGAGUAAAGAGGAGUUAGUUCGGAAAAACUGGGUUGCACUGCUGAUUUUGAUUGUGGUCAUUGUUACGGUUUCUGGAAACAUUCUAGUAAUCUUGGCUGUCAAUCUGGAACGAAAACUGCAAAAUGCCACCAAUUACUUUCUCAUGUCACUGGCAGUAGCAGAUAUGCUUCUGGGACUUCUGGUCAUGCCUGUCUCCAUGGUGACCAUUGUGUAUGGUUACUCCUGGCCCCUCCCUGCAUCACUCUGUCCCAUGUGGAUCUACUUGGAUGUUCUUUUUUCCACCGCCUCCAUCAUGCACCUGUGCGCUAUCUCCCUGGACCGUUAUGUGGCCAUCCGGAACCCCAUCCGACACAAUCGAUCAAACUCACGCUCCCGGGCCCGGGCCAAAAUCACGGCGGUCUGGACCAUCUCUGCAGGCAUCUCCAUGCCGAUCCCAGUGCUGGGUCUCCGCGAUCACACUAAAGUUUUCAAGGAUGGCAGCUGCCUAUUGACUGACAAUUCGUUUGUGUUGAUUGGGUCCUUUGUGGCCUUCUUUGUGCCAUUGACCAUUAUGGUGGUGACCUACUUCCUGACUAUCAGCGCUCUGCAGAGUGAGGCUACGCUCUGCCUUGACCAACUGGUGCCCAGGCCCAAAUGGAGCGCAGGAUUCACUCUGAACUUCCUCCCUAGCCCAUCGUUCUCGCCCUCAGAGAAGAAACUGUUCUUGCGGCGUUCGUUGAGUCGCGAGGUGGGGACAGAGUCGGGGGUUGUGAUGCCACCUUUCGGACGGCACAGCGUACAGUCCAUCAGCAACGAGCAGAAAGCCUCCAAAGUUCUGGGCGUGGUCUUCUUCCUGUUCGUGGUCAUGUGGUGUCCCUUUUUCAUAACCAACGUUUUGGCGGUGGUUUGCGAGCCGGUGGCGUGUGACGCCGAUAUAAUGAACGGACUGUUGAAUGUGUUUGUGUGGGUCGGUUACCUUUCCUCCGCCGUUAACCCGCUGGUUUACACGCUCUUCAACAAGACUUACCGCUCAGCCUUUGCUAGAUACAUCCGAUGCCAGUUUCACGAAGAGAAGAAACCACUACAGCAAAUUCUGGUCAACACCAUUCCACCGCUGGCCUAUCAGUCCACACACCUGCCGCUUACUGGAUCAAUAGGCAAUGGGGAUUUCUCUCUGCACCUUCCCAAUAAAAACCACCAUCUGUCCAAAAGCCGCAAAAAUGAGAGCGUCAGCUGCUUGUGAAUUCACUCAAUGAACUCACAAAUGCCAACCAUAACCCUGGAUUGUCUUCUGGGUUCGUGUUUGGCAUUCUAUCCUUCUUACCUCUACAGAAAUCAGCUCAGAUUGAUCUAAAGUAUUAGUAUUCAAAGCCCAAAUGCAUCUAUGAACAAACAGCAUCACAGUCCAUGACUUGAUCACAGGGCAGUGAUGCAUCAAAAGACCUUCGUCUGACUGGGAUCGGUCCUUAGUACCAUCAGUGUCAGUUUAAUCAAUGGGAUAAAUAAAACUUGUAUAUAAGUGUUAAGUCAGAGUUACUGUUUGAUGUCAAGACUUUUCAUUUUUAUGUAGCACUUUAUAUUCCAGAAGGCAAAGUCUAAAUUCAUGGGAGAUCAGCUGUGUUUUGUUUACAAUGUCAGGUUUUUGAAAACAAGUGUGGAUAAAAUUUGUGAUGUGACUAAAGUUUUGUACUGCGUCAAAUGAUUGAGAUGUUGUAGCCUCAUUCAUAUGAGCUGACGUGUGUGCUGCUGGUUUAUCAUUUUACCAUACAUUUGCAUUCAAUGUCAUGGAAAAGAACUAAAAGAAUCCUAUUUCUGUUUCCUGUUCAAGUGCUUGUUUCCACUUCAGAGUAAAACAA